GCCCGCCAUUGAUUCACAUCUUGGAAGGCCAAAACCGGCGGGGUAGUGUAAAUUAAAUCAUAUAUAUAUAUAUUUUUAAAGUGGGUAUGCAGUUUUUGCUUGUAGUAGAAUAGAGAUCGUAAAAGGGAAGUGGAAGCAAGCGAGCCUGCAACAGCAGCAGCGAUCGGUGAGAAAUGAAAAUCUGAGACAAUGAGUGGUGCGAGAUUAUGCACUUUGCUUGGAGAAUUAGGGUUCGAAGGAUGGGAAUCAUUGGACCCUGAUAGCUUCGAAUGGCCCUUUCAAUACGAAGACACUCGCCCCCUUCUCCAUUGGAUCUGUUCCAAUCUCCGUCCCUCCAACGUUCUCUCCCUCUCAGAACUUUCUCAGUACGAGCAGUUCAAGCAAGAGGGGAAGUUGUUGGAGGGCGAUGAUCUGGACUUCGCUUACGAUAGCAUUUCGGCCUUCGCUGAUAGGAGAGACAACCAGGAAGCAGUUUUCGGCGCCGAGGAAGGAUUGAAAGAUAUCAAGGAAGCAACUUUGGCUUAUAAAGAAGAGGCAUUGGACUUGCAGAGGCAGCUGAGACACUUGCAAUCUCAGUCUGAUAUGCUUUCUGGCCAGGCUUCCAAUUUGACGCAAGGAAGACGAGCUCGCCUCGCCGCAACUUCUAUUGUUAAUGGACACCUUGCUGCCAUAGACGACAGCCUUUCUGUAAGAAAUUUACAGAUGAAUGCGGUUCUUGAAAGAAUUGCUUCCACAGCUCAUGAGUUGGCUCAUUAUCAUUCGGGAGAUGAAGAUGGUAUAUAUUUGGCAUACUCAGACUUUAACCAAUUCUUGCUUGGAGACUCAUCUUGUCUAAAAGAGCUAAAUCAGUGGUUUGCUAAGCAACUGGACACAGGUCCAUUCCGACUUGUUGCUGAGGAAGGGAAAUCUAAAUGCUCUUGGGUGAAUCUUGAUGACAUCUCAAAUACCUAUGUUAGAGAUUUGGAAAAGUCACAUCAUCAACGGGUGUCUGAGUUGCAACGGCUACGCUCAAUAUUUGGUAUAAGUGAAAGACAAUGGGUGGAAGCGCAAGUCGAGAACUCCAAGCAGCAGGCUAUUUUAUCGACACUUAAAUCACAAGUAUCAUCAGAUGAGGCUCACAUCCAUCUCGAUCUUCAUUCUCUUAGGAGAAAGCAUUCUGAAUUGAAAGGAGAACUUUCAAAUCUUUAUAACCAUGAAGAAAAGCUGAUAUCAGAGACUAUUCCAGAUUUGUGCUGGGAGCUAGCUCAACUCCAAGAUACAUACAUUUUACAAGGUGAUUAUGAUUUGAAGGUCAUGCGCCAAGAGUACUACAUUAACCGGCAAAAAGCAUUCAUAAAUCAUCUCAUCAAUCUGCUUGCUAGGCAUCAAUUCUUAAAGAUAGCCUGCCAAUUGGAAAAGAAACACAUGCUUGGAGCAUUUUCAUUGCUUAAGGUUAUAGACUCUGAGCUGCAGGCAUACUUGUCUGCCACUGAGGGACGAGUGGGUCGUUGCCUGGCUCUUAUCCAAGCAGCAUUUGAUGUUCAAGAACAAGGAGGAGUACAUGACAGUGAUCAUUUUUUGCAUGCUAUUAGAGACCUGCUAAAAAUUUAUUCAAAUACUCAAGCUGCACUAUCGACAUAUGUAUCUGCACCUGGCAUUGUCCAGCAGAUAUCGGCUCUUCAUUCAGAUUUGAUGAGCCUUCAGUCGGACCUUGAGAGUUCUCUUCCAGAAGACAGGAAUAGGUGUAUUAAUGAACUGUGCAACCUUAUUCAAAGUCUACAGCAACUGCUUUUCGCAUCUUCAACAACAGCACAGCCAAUACUGACCCCUCGGCCAUUAAUGAAAGAGCUUGAUGAAACGGAAAAGAUUAACGCAAAGCUCUCUGCUGCUGUUGAAGAGGUGACAAUAGAGCACGUCAAGAAGAAUGAGAUUGUAAAACAUCAUUCACAAGAAAUUGGACUUCAAAGGCGAGUGUACGUUGAUUUCUUCUGCAAUCCUGAGCGAUUAAGGAGCCAAGUUAGGGAACUGACUGCUCGGGUCAGAGCCUUGCAAAUUUCCUUGCAACCAUAAGUGUACACUCUUCAAUUUUCCUCAAUUUCUCUCUCUCUCUCUCUCUCUCUCUCUCUUUCUAAGGUUGUUUUAUUAUUUGUUCUAUAUGCUAUCUGAAUGAGCAAUGUGCAAUCCUUUGUUUACACAAGUGUAGUGCUUUCUAACUUUCGAAUAUAUAUUACAUUAGAGACAUUACUACUGUGCAGCCGUCUU